CUGCUGUUUCAGUUCAAUUUUGGUGACAUCAUGGUGCUACAAGUAAUUCAUACAAUCGAAUUUUGCUUGGGAUGCGUGUCUCACACUGCUUCCUACCUUCGUCUGUGGGCGCUGUCUCUGGCACAUGCUGAGUUAUCGGAAGUACUCUGGACAAUGGUAUUCCGCUAUGGCUUUGUUGUGACUGGAUGGCUUGGAGCCGUCGCCCAGUACAUCAUUUUUUGGGCAUUUGCAUUGCUAACAGUCGCCAUUCUGAUCCUAAUGGAAGGCUUAUCAGCAUUUCUACAUGCUCUCCGUCUACACUGGUACGUUAUUUACAAUUAUUACCAAAUUUUAGUGAAAAGAAUAGUAUAA